AUGGCUUCUUUUUAUCACUAUCUCAGCGGAACCCAAGUUGUUUGGGAUCAUUUUGGCUUUUCCGGAACCGAGGAUAUCACCGUUGCCGAGAUCUGGACCAGUGAGCAGGGAAAAUCCGAUGCGACCGUCACCAUAUAUCGAAAAGUCAGCAAAGAAGAUCUGACAGGGUGGCUGUGCCAGACUGAUGGAAAUCACCAAUGGAUUGACAUUACCGUCGUGAGAAAAUGUCUAUUUAGGGUUGUCUGGAUCCUUCGUGAUACGAAACGGCGUCUCAAUCAAGUUGAUCCGGUUCUUCUCCAUGAGGUUUCCGUUGCAUUCCGACACCAACUCGCGCGGAACUACUGCAUCACCCAGUACGCAGGCAUAGGCGCUACUAUCGACGAGGAAACGGAAGAGGAAAUCUUUUUCCUCUGUAAUCAUCCAAAGCUUGCCGUCACUUGGUCACAGGACGCGGAAACCGGAGUCACCAGCAUGAUUUGCGAAGCCGACCGAUACAAGCUCGACACACUCCAAGACUUGGUGGGAAGCAAAUGCAUACAAGAUUUUGCUCACUCGAAGGUGGCGCCUGCACUUAUGAGCUCAAUAUUGAGCUCGAAGGAAAUCGACAUUAAAGUUGGCGAAGUCAAGAAGCGGGUUAGAGAAGUCGAAGUACGGACGGGUUAUCAUGAGUGGACCUGCCGCUCUGAGGCCUCGGCAACCGGUGAUCUAGUGAGCUUGUCAGCAAGAAUGAGCGGGUGUGGCCUCAGAACAGAGUCAAACAUCAGGAAGUUGGGCGUGAUCGCGGAGUUUGGCCAAUUUAUCCGCGACAACCUAGAAGGAGAGAAGAACGUCAAAAGUAAAGCUGAACUGCUGUCAUUGAAUCAUGUUAUUGAACGACGUAUCGCCAUGCAGACGCUCGACUUGAAAUACACUCUGCAUCGAAUUCAAACCCAAAAGCAAGCGCUGUUUAACUUGAUAUCUGCUCUCGAUUCUGCAUCAGCCCAAACAAUCGCAGAGGAAACCCGGAAGAUCGCGCUGGAGUCCAAAUGUGAUGCACGGAGCAUGAAGCUUCUUGCUCUGCUUACGACGAUAUUCCUCCCAGGCACCUUCGUCUCCGGUCUCUUCAGUACCCCGAUGUUUCAACGGGAGUCUAAAGAGGCUGUAAGAUUUACCGUCUGGAAACCAGGAUUGUUUUUGUACAUAGCAGUUUCUUGUCCGCUGCUGUUUAUAACUCUUCUCACCUGGGUUUUAUGGACAUUUGGAGAAAGAAUGAAGAUUAAGAGAGAUAUCCAAGUAACAAGGAAGCGCCUGUUUCAAAGAUCGGGAAACACGGAAAAGGAGCACCUCGUCAUAAGGCAGAACUCGAUAUCGCAAGAAACUAUGUAG